AUCCAACCCAUCACCUUACUUUCCUGGAAGUAGAGUGUAAUCCGAAAAACCGAAGAUUGUUCCUAUUUUCACUUUACUCGAGAUUGAAAUUGACUUGAAGAGCAAUUGCAAAGCUACGUGCACCAUGCUGAUACGUUGAGUUUAUCUAUUUAAGCCCUAUAAAAAACAAACCAUCCUUCUCCAUAUUGUCAGCUACGUUCAUAUACCUUCUCCGACGACUCUCCGGCAACACUUUCACUUUACCAUUACGUUCAAUAUGUUGGGUUUUAUAGCCAGCUGGUUGACGCCGACGUCUUUGUUCCUCUUCCUCAACGUAGUCAUCGGCACCAUCUUCCUUAUUUCCAAUUUAUCUCCUCCCAAACCACCGCCUCACGACCGCGGAGAAUACUACUCAGCUCCACCACUCCAGCGAACUCCGUCGUUGCUCGACCGGGUCAAGUCAGUUAACUUUUCGACUUUCAAAUUUUCUCUCCCGAACCCGGAUUUCGCUGACGAUUAUCAUCACCGACAGGAGGAUAACAACUUAGAGCCACACCCGCUCGAGCGAGCACCGUCGAUUCUCGAACGGGUCAAGUCUAUUAACUUAUCCCUCUACAAAUACCCACCUCAAAACCCGGACCCAGUUUACGUCGAACCGUCCCUAACCCGAGCACCGUCGUUGUUACAGCGAGUCACCUCCUUUUACAGAUCCGACUCCGGUAAACUAAACACAGAAACGGUUGACCACCCUGAAACAGAUGAACCCGGUUCAACCAAACCCGAGCACAACAACAACAAGAACAACGUAAAGCAAAUGAAGAAAUCGGCGAGUGAGAAAACAACGGAAAGAGCCGAAGAAGACGAAGAAGAAGUGGAAAAGAGACGACCGGUGACUACGAGGAUAGAGAAAACGACGUCUUUCGGAGACGGCGACGAUCAAGGCGUCGAUGCCAAAGCCGAUGAUUUCAUCAAUCGAUUCAAGCAACAGUUGAAGUUACAAAGACUGGAUUCCCUGUUACGUUAUAGGGACAUGCUCAAGUCAAGGUCUAGCAACUAAAAUUAUGUAAGAUUUCGCCAUUUUUGUUACUUUUUCAAGGUUUCCACAAAAAAGAACAUGGGGUUUUCGUAAUUUAUCCGGUUUUUGAUGAUCCGGUUUACUCCGACCGGUGAAUGGGCAAGUAAAGGGUAGUAGUAGAUAUCUAGUUCAGGAUCGAGAGUACUGUUUUCACAAGCAUGAAAAUAAAGGUCUAAUUCUGGUUUUAAUCCCUCUUCUAUGCUGAAAUUUAUGAUUUAAUUCUUAUUGUGAUUUAGCAUAAUUUGAUUGUCUUUAUUAGUAGGUCGGAUUUGAUAGCAUCGUUAACGGUUUACUGCUAAAGUGAUGAAUCGAUAAUAUGAAUUUUUGCAGUAAUGGAAUUACUUAUUAACAAAAAAAAUCUAUAUCAACAGUAGUUAACAGAAUUAUCAAAUUGGACUUACUAACAAUACUCUAAAAUAAAAGAAUCAAAUUAUGCAAAAAUUAAAUAUUUGUGAUUAAAUCUCAAAUUUCAACAUAGUAGAGGGACUGAAACCAGAAUUAGACCAAAACUAAAAAUGACCAAUGGUUGCCCUUUGGUUUCUAGUAAAUUUUGUCGACAAUGAUGGGGAUGUACGCUUGCAUGGUUUUAGAUCACUUUUAGUGUGUUCAAAGCAUCGAAGACGAGAAUUGAAUAAUGUUUUUAUAGGGACUUAAUUGUGAUAUGUAACCAUGUUUAUGACAAUUAAUGUAAAUAUACCAUAAUUAUUUUGUUGCCGACUUCA